UUGACGGAAAUUUAUUGUAAUUCAACUCCAUCUCAUUUUGUAAUUGAGAAUGCUGAGGCUCAGAGAUAUGUUCAUGCUUUAUAUACUAUCCAUGGAAUAGACAGGAAAGCGGGGGGUGAUUCAAUACCACCAUCCCUCUGUCAUCAUCGGUGGAAAAUGUCUCAGUGAGGAUUUCCAAAAGUAUCCAGGGACAAAUGUCCAGGAUUCUAGAGGACCCUCUAGCUUGCUACCUGUGGAACUGUUUCACUCAUUAUGGUUUCAAUGAAUUCAUUCUCUGCAACUGACUGGAGCUGUCAAGGACAAACACCCCAGGCUGAGCCUUGGUCUCAUCUAGGAGUGGCCAAGCUGGGGCAGGGAGGUCCAGGGUAGACGCUCUGGGACAGUGGGACAUUGUGACAUCAUCAUUGGUGGUCUUGGACAGUUUCUCAUUGCUGGGUCUCCAGUCCUAGCUGUUACUGUAAGCCCAUGCCUCUACCAUGAGGGUGGAGGAGUUAAAAUCCACAGAUCCACAUGUACCUUGAGGCGACAGACUGGCUCUGAACAAGUUGAAAUCAUCGCAGAAGGAUAAAGUUCGUCAGUUUAUGAUCUUCACACAAUCUAGUGAAAAAACAGCAGUAAGUUGUCUAUCUCAAAAUGACUGGAAGUUAGAUGUUGCAACAGAUAAUUUUUUCCAAAAUCCUGAACUUUAUAUACGAGAGAGUGUAAAAGGAUCAUUGGACAGGAAGAAGUUAGAACAACUGUACAAUAGAUACAAAGACCCUCAAGAUGAGAAUAAAAUUGGAAUAGAUGGCAUACAGCAGUUCUGUGAUGACCUGGCACUCGAUCCAGCCAGCAUUAGUGUGUUGAUUAUUGCAUGGAAGUUCAGAGCAGCAACACAGUGCGAGUUCUCCAAACAGGAGUUCAUGGAUGGCAUGACAGAAUUAGGAUGUGACAGCAUAGAAAAACUAAAGGCCCAGAUACCCAAGAUGGAACAAGAAUUGAAAGAACCAGGACGAUUUAAGGAUUUUUACCAGUUUACUUUUAAUUUUGCAAAGAAUCCAGGACAAAAAGGAUUAGAUCUAGAAAUGGCCAUUGCCUACUGGAACUUAGUGCUUAAUGGAAGAUUUAAAUUCUUAGACUUAUGGAAUAAAUUUUUGUUGGAACAUCAUAAACGAUCAAUACCAAAAGACACUUGGAAUCUUCUUUUAGACUUCAGUACAAUGAUUGCAGAUGACAUGUCUAAUUAUGAUGAAGAAGGAGCAUGGCCUGUUCUUAUUGAUGACUUUGUGGAAUUUGCACGCCCUCAAAUUGCUGGGACAAAAAGUACAACAGUGUAGCACUAAAGGAACCUUCUAGAAUGUACAUAGUCUGUACAAUAAAUACAACAGAAAAUUGCACAGUCAAUUUCUGCUGGCUGGACUGAACUGAAGAUCAAUCCUCACAAUUCAGACUGAGGGUUGAGACAAAACUUUAAGGAUACAUCUUGGACCAUAUCGUAUUUCAUUCUUCUAAUGGUGGUUUGGGCUUGUCUUCUAGUCUGGGCCGCUCUAAACAUUUAUAAUUCCAACAUUGUGGAUUUCAUCUUAUAUCUGUGGACCAUCCUAGUUUAUUCUCCCAUAAGUCUUAGAAGCUUUAUGGUGAUUAUUUUGAGGUUUUCAUUCUCGCAUAAAGCACAAUGCUGUCUUCAUCAGAAAACAGUUGGCAUAAGAAUUAAACAUAUGAACAUCACAAAACAAUUUAUAAAAACUUCUUAAAUAUACGCUUUGGGCUAGUUGCAAAGACUAUGCUAAUAGCACUUCCAAUGAGAGUGAUAUAUUUAAGUGUACUGGAUCUGGAAUGGUGUUUUGGUUUGGGGGGAAUUUUUUUUUCCUGGCAAAUCACAUGUGUUGUUGAUGUGAGUAUCUGAUGAAAAAACAAUGUCAGAAUAACCAACAUGAAAAUUUUUUAGGAUAACUUGGUGCCUACCUGAAAAAUGUAUUGUGUUUUAGACUCUUGAUUUCAAAAGGUUCCACAGAACUUGUCUGCGCUUACCUUACCCAUGUUUAUAUAUAGCUGUCCUACAGGGAGCUUUUAUUUAGAAAAUGUCUGCAUAAUGUUAGAUUCUUCUCCUGUCUACAUUAUGCACUACAUAAUUGGACUUCAUUAUGCUUUUGAAAUGCUUAUCUGCCUGUCACAUAAGUUAAACUAUUUAAUUUGUUUUGAAUGUUUUGGAUUGCUACACAAUACAAUAUUCUAAAUUUAGGCAUGAGGGUUUUUUUGUUUUGUUUUUACUUUUUUUUUUGUCAUCGCACUAUGGAACACAAAUGAAAUUCUCUUAAUUUAUAAGAAGAUAGUUGCAGUUAAAUUUUGAAAAUGGUUGUAAUGAGCCAUGAAGUUCAAUCUUUAUAAUAUAGGUACUGCUCUUUCAGACAAAUAGUCCAUUUUCGAUGACUUAUUAUUUUGUUGAAAUUGCUUUAACUGCUAAUCACUGUGGUUGCCAAAUACUUACUUCAGGAGCGAAGAUUUUCAAACAAGCAUACACGAUGCAAAAUACCAAUCUGGCUUCUAGUCUCUCUACUGUUUUUGUUUCACUCAGAUUAGCUUAGUUUUCUCAUCAAAGCAGAAUGCUAUCUUGUAUGUAUUUUUUUCAUUACAAGACCCAUGAGCUGCUUUUAUGCUGAAAAUGGUCAUUUCCCUGUUCCCUUACUGACAUGUGAAGAAGGGUUUCUUGCUUUCUUAAACAUUUCUGUAAGGCAGGCUAGAAAUGUAAACUUCAAAUGUCAGAUGAUUAUGGUCUUUUGAUAGGAAUACAUUCUGCUUGGGAUAUACAUCCAGGCACUCUCUAAGGUUCUAGGGUUGAUAUUAACAAAGGAAUGUACUUUAGAAUAGCAGUACAUUUUAUGCAAAUAUGGAAAUUAUUUUAAGAAACAAUGACAUAUCAAAACUACUUUUAUUUACAUGAUUUUGAAAUAGACUAGAAAGCUUUCCCUAUAAACAUAUUAAUAUUCCAAUCAUAACUUUAAUUCAAGAAUGCAGUUUUACCAAAAGAAAAAUUUGAAAUUUCUAUUCAGGCUACUGUAAUUGGUUAUUAAAAGAAAAAGGAAAAAGAAUCCUGCUGCUUUCAGUAUUUCCUGAUUUCAUUUUUUGUAAAUAUAAAGAACUUCAAUUAUGAAAAAUUUUUAAAAGAUAUAUAUAUAUAUAUCUAUAUAUAUGUACUGUUUUGUUUCCUGUCUUGAACAUUUUGAGUUAUGGUUAUUGGUUUCACAUUGAUUAAUUCACAUAUGCUGUGUUUUGAAAUGAGAUCCCAUUAGCUUUUUUUUUUUUUUCCCCCAAUAUAAAGUGUUUUCUUUAAAAGUCUGAUAUUGGUUUGUGGCCUAGUGCCUUGGAUUUUACAUAUUUUUCUUUUUAAAUGCAAAACCUUUUCAACAAAAUAGUGUUUGUCAUCAGGUUGGUACUAAACAUUUAUAAUUACUGUGUAAUUAUAAACAAAAAUACAUAAAGCUUUGAAUAUAAUUAUGUAGCAUAAAAGUUAAGGUUGUUCACUAUGAUGGCAUCUUAGAAUUAAACAAAAUUUUUACUAGGGCUGAAAAGAGAAGACUGAUUUAAUGUGGUGUGAUUAUUCUGAAGAUAAAUGUCUGGUUACAGGGAAUAUUUUGUACUAAAAAAUGAUGACACAUAUGGCUGUGUGUGUUUGAGUCUGUGUCUGCGAGAGAGCCAGAGAGAGAGAGAGAUUGACAGAGGAAGGGAGAGAGAGACACACACCCCUUGAAUUGCUUUAACUCCUAAGCGUUUCAGUCCUCAUUCCGGUAAACUCCCCAUGCUGAUUCUUUGUUUUAAACUGAACCAUAGGUACAGUUUCCUUUUUGCCAAAUGUCAAAACAGGUACACAUUUUAAAAUGUAAUGCUUUUUAAAUAGAAAAAUGUAUAAAAUUAGAAGUGCCCACAUAUAAAAAAUACUUGAGAUGAAGAUUAUCUUUAGUGAAUAUCAUCUGCAUAUCUCUGUAAGUUCGAUUGUGUUUCUUACAGUCCCUGUUAUAUUACCAACAGAGGCAAUAAAAGCUUCAGUGAAAUUGCCAUGACUAAAUCUUCACAUAUUUCAGUGUAUUUUUUUUAUAGAUUAAAAAUAUCCCUGAAAACUUUUCCAGGAAGAAUAAUUAUUCAUGGAAAGAGCAUUGUAAUGGCAUGUUUUGGGGAGAAAAGACAUGUCAAGUCUUGUUUACUACAUUUAAAAUGUUUACAACGAUACUGGGCUGCUUUAUUAACAAUACUGUACUUGUGUAAUAUGGCAUUAUAAGUACAUGUCCUUCCUUAGACUUUUAAAAGUUUUAGCGAGAGAAAGUAAAUUUACUCAACAAAAUAACAUGAGAAAUCUUUUACAUAAUAUCUUUACUGGGGAAUUCUUAUUUAAGCAAGGUACACUAUUUUUUCCUCAGACUUGAAUGAAGUGUCUAUUUUUUAUUUGAUGAUAAGAAGUGAGUAGUAGUAGCUAACUUAAUGUACACUUUGCUUAGGUUUUUAAACAUGUUACUAUUAAGACUACGUAUUGUAAACCUUCUGUAAUUUUCACAUAUGAAUGACAGGAGAAAGUUAAACCUAAUCAAAGGAGUUUUGGAAUAAAAAGAAAGUGGUGCUGGGGAAAUUUACCAUGGUUCACAAAGUAUGCCUUUGUAAAACUGAAUCAACUUUUAGCAAGAAUUAAUUUAUGUAGUUCUAAAUGUUAAAUUGUGUAUAUUUAACAGAAAAUACUUAUCUGGCACCUCAGUAGUUUUCUUUAAAUGUUACCUUUUAACAAUAUGAUUUAUAUUGAAUACUUAGAUGUUUUCGUAAGAUUUUAUCAAAUUUGAUAAUGUAAUGAUAAAAUGUUUUUUAAAUGUGAACUAUUUAACGUAUAAAUGAGGACACAAAACCUGAAUUGUGAUUUCUACAUAAUGUGAUAAUUAGGGUUCAAAUUAUGACUCAUCAUUUAAUUGAUUAUAAAUGAGUAUAUUUCUGAACUCUUUAUUGCCUCCAUUUUUACAAUCAUAAUAUAGCAAUAAUUUCUAUUUUUAUUUCAUAGAACUGUGGUGAAGUUAUUUAUCAUGACACCUUUAUCUUUGAUUUCUGAGGGAAAGGGGUGUGUAUUUCGUAGUUAAGAUAAAUGAGAAAAUUCCUAAUAGUACAAAUGCCCUUUUCCAGGUUUAUCUUUGCUAAUUUGUUGCCAUUUUUCUUAAAUAUUUGCUUUAUUUGUACCUGAUUUCUGGAGGCAAAUAGUGCUAUUUUUUCAAACUCAUAAUACAGUUACAUAAAUGAUUUUA